UCUUAAUACAAAAUGGAAAUCAGACGAUAAACACAGUCACGUGUGUUCCGACAAUGAUCUAGUCGAAAGAAGAUGGCUUUCUAUGAAAUUGUCCACGACUCUCUGGCACGAGUAGAUAUCCAUGUAAACGGAUUACCGAGCCAGUUCUUCGACAGGACAAAUAAUUUAUCGGUUUGGAGUAUCGUCGAGCUUUUUUUGAAUGCUGGAAGCCCUCCUAAUGUUAAAGAGUUUACCAGAAGACAGGAUCUGUAUAGGACGCGCCAGAUAAUGCAAUUUGUUGUACAAAUAUCCUGUUCUGUAACACCGGAAAUCCAUUUGAUUUCAAAAUACAAUAAAUCAACCAACAGAUUAGUCAUGUCAACUGAUAUUCAUGAAUUUGGCACGAGUUCUUUCAGUUUGAAAAGCUCAAUGUCUAAUCGCGAGACAAAAGAGAAACUUGGUGAUUUCUUUAUUAAACUCGUCACAGUGAACAUGAAAACCAGGAAAUCAUGUCCUUUGCCUAAAUGGUAUGUGGAAAAAUUCAGAGAUGUACCGGGUUUCAAUACCAAUCCUCCGUAUCCAAAGCCAAAGAUACCGGAAAUGCCCGAAGUUAUAUAUCACGUGACCGUUACGGCACGAUUCAGUGAUAUGGAUGGGAAUAACCACGUGACCACACAUCGUUAUAUGCAGUUUUUCACUGACUGCGCAACAGAAGCAGCCAAUUGUGGAUUUUACAAACAUUUCACUAACGACAUGUGCUGGUAUCCUGUUGAAACGUUUGAUGUCACUUUACUAGGCGAAAGUAAAGUUGGUGACAAGUUACGUGUAUGUACGUGGCAAGACGGUGCUGAUAUUCAAAGAGUAUAUUUCAACUGCUUCAAUGACGGUAAAUGUGUGAUGAAAGCAUCGUUUGUCUAUGGGCUGAACACAAUUACUCCAAAAAUUCCCCCACACUAUUUAUAAUGAGUCAACCUAAACCUAUGCCGUUCUACUUUCGGAAUACGAAACAAAACAAAACUGAGAAAUGCUAAAGAGAGCCAUUGUGUGUCAAUACAUCCGUUGCUAGGAGACUGUCUCUAGGCCCUCAACACGUACAGUUUAGACAGAUAAAACAACCAAGAAACCCCAUUGACCAAAUGUACAUAUUUAUAAUUCAAUCGGUUUUCAGUGGACAAUGUUCCCGGUGGUAAUGUUAUUAAAGACAUUAGUUAGUUCA